GGACCAUCUAGAACACACGUCAAUAUCGGCACCAUCAUCAUCACCAGUACCAGUAACGCUUGGUAUAUCGGGACUCAUUGGUUUUUCCUCAUCCGGAGCUCCUUCUAUCCUCCGGUUUGGGUAUUGUUCGCCAUUACGCUGCCGCCGCCGUCAAAUUGCCUGCUGUGGUACAUCAAGUUCUUCGGAAUAUUGACCCCAACAUUCGGAGCACCCUGAACGGAAGUGAAAGGCUCCUGUGCCCACGAAUGUGAUACCCUCGUCAUUAUCAAAACUCUGCUCCUGACCGCCCACGCACGUGUUGCUUCUACGGGAACGCCAGCUUUAUCUCCUUGUUCAGCUUCCCACAACGGUCGUGUCGACAUCCCCAUUCAACAUGUCGCUUGGUCAAUUAUCCUCAAACAUCGUCCACCAUGUAUUCUCGACGGUAAAUGGUGCAUUUGCCUGGCCACCAUCAUCGAAAGUAGCCGGCACUGCUUUCUUCACUGCCGCUCAGGUUCUGGCGUUUUACCUCUUUGCAACAGUGGACAAUUUCAGUUUUCCGAUAACUACGAGCUACCUUUCCCUACGCGGGCGCGUCCAAAUAGGGAACCCGGACAUCCGGCUCGUUGAACAGAUAUUUUUCAACAUGUUAGUUCGGACGGAGCUGGCAAUCGACGACAGAAUUCGAGGAAAUCGAGAUCGCCCUGAACGUCAUACUCGUUAUCACGAUCUAAGAGGCAUAAUCCCAUGCCCCCCCUGCUCCGGCUAUCCCCGUCUUGGGAUAUUCUCAUGCUAUCCACUCUUUAUCAGGUUGAUCAAACCCACGCUUCAGUUCGGCUAUGACCUAUUCAGAAUUGUCAAAGAUCUUGCUUUCAAUGAUUUUGACGAAGAGAACACAGAGAGAAUCGACGUCAUCUCGGCGUUUAACCUUGGCCAGAUCAUAGGUGCAGGGUUUGUCGAAGGGCCACGGCAUGGUGCGGCGCUGCAAUGGCUCUUGAUGCACCGCUUGUUCUGGCGUUGGGAGGCCCAAGGCAAGAGGCUGUUUUUUAAUAUUGAAGUCGAUAACCGCCCCGAGAAUCACCUUCGAGUGAUUUUUCGUCAAGGACGGGACGAGAGCUUCGACAACUGAUUAUCACAUGAUCAUUAAAGUACCCGACGUGGAUCCUUUCAACUAUGGAGCGUGUUGGGGGUAUGGUACCCGGGUAGACGGGCUAGAUCACUUUGAAAAACACGAUGGGUCAGUGAGGAGUAUUUGGAUCUUUGUGUUACGAUAGUAUGGGGGGUGGAGAAGUCACUUACUGGGCGGAAGGGAUUGCGGAUAGGUUAGAAGGUGGAAAAGUAAACGAAAAGGCGGCAGACGUUGCAGGAUAGCCGAUGAUGUAUGCCUUGGGGUUGGUUGGUGGUAGCUUUCUGAGGAGGGAUUAUGGUGACGAGUUGCAAGCGAGAACAGCGGAUUUUGUGCAGCACUGUAGAUACAGUCUAUACCGUAUUAAAUUAAAUAAGUACUUGACAAAA